CGCUCUGGGCUCGCGCGGUUUGGAACGGUGCGGCGGGUUCCUCAUGGAGGCUCCCGGGACGCCAGGCGGCGGGGUCUUGAAAGAUGUAGUGGCCUAUGUGGAAGUCUGGUCGGUAAAUGGAACCGAGAAUUAUUCGAAGACGUUUACCAACCAGCUUGUGGACAUGGGGGCAAAGGUUUCAAAAACUUUUAACAAACAAGUGACUCACGUGGUGUUCAAAGAUGGCUACCAGAGCACUUGGGACAAGGCGCAGAAGAGAGGGGUGAAGCUCGUCUCCGUGCUCUGGGUCGAAAAAUGCAGGACAGCUGGAGCACACAUCGAUGAGUCGCUGUUCCCCGCAGCCAACACCAGGGAACGCUUACCAAGCCUAAUUAAAAAAAGACGUAAGUGUAUGCAGCCCAAAGAUUUUAUUCCUAAGAUGCCAGAACAUGAUAAAAGACUUCAGAAGAAAUUUCAGAAAAUGGCUACAGAGCUCCAGAGGCAGAAAACAACGCUGGAUAAUGAUGUCCCUGUUCUCCUAUUUGAGUCCAAUGGCUCGCUGACCUACAGUCCCACAAUGAAAAUUUACAGCGGCCAGCACAGCGCCAUGGAGAAGAGGCUGCGGCAGAUGAAGGAGAAGAGAGAGCGCCUGUCGCCCACCUUGUCCCAGAUGCUCGAGAAGUCUCGCGAUGACCCAGUUAACUCCCCGUGUGGAGCUUGGAACAUUUCAUCAGAUACUUUGUGUUUGGGUGUUAAAAACGGACCAACAAGGGAUGAAGUGUUAGGUGGCUCAUUGGAAGGCUGUCAGGACCUCUCCAGACCUCAUGAGGAAUCGAAGGAAAGAGAGAAAGGCCAAAAGCCAACAAGAACAUUAGUCAUGACGAGCAUGCCGUCUGAGGAUCUCAGAACAUGUAAAUGUGAUACAGUUCAGCCCUUUGGUUUCCCAUGUAAAGAAGUAGGUCUUGCGCACGGACGUACGAGAGACGGCUGGAGACAACACGCAGGAGCCCUGGGAGGUGGACGGGCAGGUGCCGUCUGCGCAGGCACGUCCAGGGUCCAGGAGCAGCCUCUUUCCCUUCACAACAGUCUUUGGAGAGGAGAGAAAGUCACCUCUGAACUCGCUGUAACACAGAACAUCGUCAUCCAGGUCGUGAACACACUUAAAGGCUUGUCGCUCGCCCAGGAAGUGUGUGAGACCACUACCCACGUGCUCGUGGGCAAGCCGCUCCGGACUCUGAACGUGCUGCUGGGAAUCGCCCGAGGCUGCUGGGUUCUCUCCUACGAAUGGGUACUGUGGUCUUUGGAACUGGGUCAUUGGAUUUCCGAAGAGCCAUUUGAACUUUCUAACUACUUCCCUGCAGCUCCUCUCUGCCGCCUGGAGCGCCGGUUAUCCGCGGGGCAGUACCAGGGAAGGCUGUUUGCCGACCAGCCCGUGAUGUUCAUCGCCCCGGCCAGCAACCCCCCCAGACCCAAGCUGUGGGAGCUGGUCCUCCUCUGUGGGGGUCAGGUCACCAGAACCCCGGGCCAGGCGGCCAUCUUCAUCGGACCCUCGCAAGGAAAGAGGAAGGCGACCGUCAAGUACCUGUCGGAAACGUGGAUCCUAGAUUCCAUCACUCAGCACCAGGUCUGUGCCUCUGAAAAGUACCUGCUGCUUCAGUGACGGAGCCCUCGGUCAGCACAGGCCACUGCCAGCAGCUCACAGAGUUUUCUUGGACAUUCACAUGAGCAAAACCUGAAGAGAGGGGAAGGACACGGAAACGAUGCCUUUUGACACCAUCACCUGUUUGCCUUGUGGUUUUUAUAUAAAGAAGCUCUUUUAUGCAACUUCCUGUUGAUUGGAUGUGUUUUAAAGAAGCACUGGCCAGCCUACUGGGGCCUUUUCUGUAUACUGCCAAUCUUAGUGUUUUAAUCAUGAUCAUGAUUGAAAGCUCACAGAACCUCGGUCAUUAAAGCACCCGUAGUGUUAAA